AUGGGACGCUCAGCGAAAUUCUAUAAGAAAUCAACCUCAAAAAAGCGAAGCUCGACGUCAGAGCGUGUCAGUGGAAAGCAGGAGGUAGGAAAAAAGAGCAGCAGCGCCUUGCACCCCUCUGAAGCACAAGGACGAAGCGCUGCAGCGAAUGCUGCCUCCACGGCUGCACCACGCAAAGGAGGUAUGCGGGCCAAAGCGCGCCGGGUCGAUGGCCCACUUCCUGCCGAGGCAGGAAUCGACUACGUGGGGUUGUGGGAAGGCGCUUCAGACCGGUAA